GCGCUUCUCUCCCUCACACAGACGCGCUUCAGCUUCCAGUGAGGGAAACUUACCACAGACUUUUGUUUCAGACAGAAUAAUCCAAACAUUCCCACUGAACUCUAUCAAAUUUAGACCAGAGAUUCGGAUACAGCUGCCGAACCAGAGAUUUGGAUAAAACUGCCAAAAAAACAAAAAAAAAACUGAAGGAAAGCUAAAGCCCCAUCACCAAAUGGAGCCAACGCCGGAAUACGUCGACACGUAUGACUAUUAUGACUAUAAUGAGACUGUGUGCGACUACUCGGAGUGGGAGCCGUCUUAUUCUCUCAUCCCCGUGCUGUACAUGCUCAUUUUUAUCCUCGGUCUCUCCGGGAACGGCGUGGUUAUCUUUACUGUCUGGCGCGCGAAAUCCAAACGGCGCGCGGCAGACGUUUACAUCGGUAACCUGGCGCUCGCGGACCUGACGUUCGUCAUCACGUUGCCGCUGUGGGCUGUGUACACCGCGCUGGGUUACCACUGGCCGUUUGGCGUGGCUCUCUGCAAGAUCAGCAGUUAUGUGGUACUUGUCAACAUGUACGCAAGCGUCUUCUGUCUGACCUGUCUGAGUUUUGACCGCUACCUUGCCAUCGUCCAUUCUCUGUCCAGCGGCCGGCUAAGAUCCCGUGCCACCAUGCUGGCAUCGCUGGGUGCUAUCUGGUUCCUCUCAUGCCUGCUGGCCGUGCCCACGCUCCUGUUCCGCACUACGGUGGACGACGCUGGGAACAACCGCACCACCUGCGCGAUGGACUUCAGCCUGGUCGCUCACAAUCAGGAUCAUGAAUCCCUUUGGAUUGCGGGUCUGAGCCUUUCCUCCUCCGCUCUCGGAUUUCUUCUGCCUUUCUUGGCCAUGACCGUCUGCUACUGCUUCAUCGGCUGCACGGUCACCCGCCAUUUCAGCCAUCUGCGCAAGGAAGACCAGAAGAAGCGGCGUCUCCUCAAGAUCAUCACCACCCUGGUGGUGGUCUUCGCAUUCUGCUGGACGCCUUUCCAUGUGCUGAAAAGCAUGGAUGCGCUGUCCUACCUGGACCUGGCGCCCACCUCAUGCGGCUUCCUACACUUCCUGCUUCUGGCUCAUCCGUACGCUACAUGCCUGGCUUAUGUCAACAGCUGCCUCAACCCGUUCCUCUAUGCGUUCUUUGACCUGCGGUUCCGCUCGCAGUGCCUGUGUCUGCUGAAUCUGAAAAAGGCCAUGCAUGGGCACAUGAGCUCCAUGUCCUCGACCCUCAGCGCCCAGACUCAAAAGUCGGAGGUGCAGUCGCUGGCCACCAAAGUGUGAGGGAAUUCAAUGAGAAGAACAGAAAACAUGAAGUUGAAGAGAAAACACUGGGUUGAAGGGGUUUAAAAAAAAGUGGAAAUCUACUGACGGCUGGUCCGUUCUAACUGGUGUUGAACUGAUGGACUUUGGAGAACAUAUUGCUUUAUGUUUGUAAAUAACACUCAUAGUUUUGUGUACUCUACUGUAUUCGUGGAUGAGUUGCUGGAAUGAUGUGACUUUGUGUGAAUGCAUGUGUGAAGUUAUGUUUGCUGACACCUUCGUCAGCUUUGACACACUCAAAAACACACACACAGAAAUAUCCAAGCAAACAGGAGGUCAGUUUUGUCGAAAACAUUCAAACUGUAUUCUGACCACAGUGAUGCUGCACUGAGGAUGAACUUGCUUGUGUGGUUGUAAGAGUGUGUGAUUGUGUUGAAGCCUGUAUACACUGGUGUAGAGAUGCAAAUUGUACAGUAUUUUCAUACUAUUUUCCUUUCUGUUAAUUUGCAAUGUUCAGAAAUGUGUUCAGUAUCUGUAGCACUUGUUAAGAGGAGAUAUAAAAAUUAUAAUUUUUGUUAAACUCCCUGAUGUGAAUGUGUGUGUUUUUUUUGAUGAGCGGGUCAGUGUGUGUGAGUGUGUUACAGUGCAAAGGUGAUGCUGCUUGAUUAGAUAGUUUAAAGCGCAGACAGAUAGUCAGGGUUUGGGAGGGGUUGGUGGGGUGGUUGGGGGGGUGGGGGGGGCAGACAGACAGAUGGCUGGUGACAAAUGUCUCUGGGAAAAAAGGAAGGCAAGUGCGGAGGAAGGGAACAAAUUUGUGGGGUGUAAAUGGAUAUAUAUUCGUGAAAUUAUGUUAUAUUUUUGAAACUUCUGUAACUAACUACUGCUACUGUAUUAAAUAUGUUCCUUAAAUACAA